AUGUCGGAGGUGGAAACACCUGCUCCCCCGGUUGUAGCAGAGAGCGACGAGAAGCUUGGGGAUGCAGAUCUCGUUGCAAAGAUGGAGAACGUGAAGGUCGACGAAACAACUGAGUCCACACAGCGAUCACUCGAAGCCGAAGAUGACGCCUACAGUGAUAACGCAAGAGAAAACGGUGAAGAAAGGUUCCACACACCGGAGGUGCCAAAUGAAAUACGGAAUAACGAUGAGGCAAAGCUCGAUGACGAUGAAAUAGAAGACAAUCCUGCUUAUAUACCAAGAAAAGGCAGGUACUAUAUGCAUGACUCCCGGGAUGCUGAAGUGGAAGUGGAGGAGAAAAAAACAAGUCGAGCUGAUGGCACAUGGAAGCAUGAUAGAUACAAUGAGCGCUUUCAACGUCCUAAAACGAAGAAGCAAAUAAUGACACGCUAUGGCUUCGACAUUCGCGAAGGAGACAGUCAGGAUGUUGAAGCAAAUCAAAAACAGCGUUCAGAAGAGUCUAAAAAGGAGAGCGGUCAUAUUGAGGAGCCCACAAGAUUUAAGAGACGGCCAAGAAGAGAUCUGCGACAGAAGCAACGAUCACGCUACGAGCGAUCUUAUGAGACAACGCCGAAACCAAGGUCUCAGAAUGUAGAUAAACCAGAAAGACAGGCGGAACAUCAGCCAUCUGCCGAAGAAAAUAAGAGAGAGCAUCAAGUUGCCAAUGAGGGUCGAGAUGAUGAGGACGACGACGAUCUACAUGUUGGACAACGCCGUCAGGUGCGCGCGGAGCACAGGCGUGAACGGCAUGAUCGCGUUGACAUUCGCGUCGUUCGCAACGUGCGUGGUAGUCGUGGUGGUCUAGGUGGUCAUCGAAUGGACAGACAUCAGCACCAGACUAAGGAACGUUUUGGUAGAGAUCGUUAUCGUGAUCAGAAUGUUGAUCGGGCACAUUACCAAAAACAACAACACCUGGGUGAACAAAGGAACUAUGAAAAUCAUCGUCGUGGUGCAAUGAGAGGCACUGUUAGAGGAGCGUCCAGUCGACCGAAUGACAGUCGCGAUGAAGGAUACCAGCGUGAGGAUGUACCCCCGCAAAGGAAUGCUGGCUACUCACCAAGAGCUUUAGACAGCGGGAACUAUUACGAUGCUCGAGGUGGAUACGCACAUCGCGGCAACUAUUCCAGUCGUUCUCGUGGUGGAAUUUCACAGUCACCCCGUCCCGUGUUUGAUGUGGUAUAUCCUUCACGUGGUUUCACUGGCCCGAAGCGCUAUUCAGAGCAACGAGGAGAAAUUCUACCAUCGCAGGCCCAAAUGACGGUUCCCCCUCCAAUUCCUCCACCACAGCAUAAUUUCAGCAUCCCUCGUCAACCGACAGAUGUUGUAUAUUUCGACCCAACUCAACAGGUAUAG